UCAUUACAAAUCGAUCGAGUGAAGAAGGAAACCUUCUCUCUUUUACUACAACAAAGGAAUUGUCCAAAGAUUAUCAUGGGGGCAGCCAUCUUUGCCGUAGUUCUGUUGACAGUUUCUCUUACAGUCCAAUCUGCUCCAGCGGAUCUGGAUACAUAUAUCAACGAGAGACAGGAAAUACCACAAGAGGAACCAGGUAAAAACAUGCCGGCUUCUCAUGCUUUGCGUUCCUAUGCUCCUUGGGCAGCUUGUAAAAAUGAAUUGAUGAAGUUGGUUCAAGAGGCAAAAGUUUGUAGGAGGUUUUUAACACCUGCGGCACAAAAGUUCGCUAAACACGCACGAGAAAAUAUCCAGUUUAACAAUGAGAUUGUUACGGCUGGAAAAGAGCUUGCUGAUGGCGAAAUAGAUACAAAAGGUGACCCUCCAGAGGAAAAGAAAGUGGAGAGGGCGGAGAAAAUGGCAGCCAAUCUGACUUAUCGCGGCUAUAUAUACAGAGUAAAUCCACAUGGCAGCAAAGGAGAUGUGAUGCUACCGUUUGAAGCAUAUAAGAAGGAUACUCCCCCAGAGUGUAAAACUCUGAUCACAGGCUUUCUGGAAAGAAACAGCCAUGCUGGUAGAAGUGAUUAAGCUGAUGGCAGCAUACAUGUGAAACUUCUGAAAGUUUUUAAAAUGCUUCACUGUCAUCUAGUGGUUAACUGUUAGUGACAAUAAAAAUUGAGUGUAUCACACAAACUUCAGGGGUUAGUUUCAUUUUCAGU